AAAUUGGGGUUUAGGCUUCGUUUGGCUAAUUUUGACGUCUCACUACUACGUGAAAACCGUGCCGACUCGAUACUUCAUUAAUUCCGCCGGUUUCCCUGCGGUUUUUUGAGAUUUGGCACCGGGAGAGAGGAAAUGGCGGAGGAAAUGGUGUCAACUUCGACACCCUUGAGCCAAGUAGAGGAUUGUGAAGACCCCGCCAAAUCGCCCCCAAAUUCUCCCAAUUCCUCUACUCGAAAGGCGUGCUGUGCUUUGAUACAAAGUUGGGUCUCGAAAAAGUUUAUGACUGGCUGUGUGGUUUUAUUCCCAGUUGCUGUAACAUUCUUUAUAACAUGGUGGUUUAUCCAGUUUGUUGAUGGCUUUUUCAGCCCGCUGUAUGUCAAACUGGGUAUUGAUAUAUUUGGUGUAGGAUUUUUAACUUCUCUAGUUUUUGUAUUUCUUGUUGGGAUUUUUGUUUCUUCCUGGCUGGGUGCCACUGUUUUUUCACUUGGUGAAUGGAUUAUCAAGAGAAUGCCCUUUAUACGACAUAUUUAUUCAGCAUCCAAGCAAAUCAGUACAGCCAUAUCUCCAGAUCAAAAUACAACUGCUUUCAAAGAGGUUGCUAUUAUUCGUCAUCCUCGUAUUGGUGAAUAUGCAUUUGGGUUCAUUACAUCAUCUGUGGUACUUCAGACUGAGACAGGUGACGAGGAGUUAUGCAGUGUUUACGUUCCUACAAAUCAUAUGUACAUUGGUGAUAUCUUUCUGGUCAACUCUGCAGAAAUCAUCAGACCAAAUCUUUCUAUUCGGGAAGGCAUAGGAUGCCUUCAAACCAUUAAAGCGUGCAAUAUUAUUGUGGUAGAUCUUAGACCCAAUCUUAUUAGGAAACAUGGCUGAUUACAGUUAAUGAGCUCUACUAUAUGAACAGAAAGGAUAUUUUUAACUUGUAGCUUUAUAAGUAGUUUAUCUGGUGUGAGUUAUCUCGAUUGUCGUCAAGAUUUGAAAGAGUUGUAGCUAGUUGUGUCUGGGUGGGCACUCCCAGAUCUAUCAGAGAGCAAGGGAAAAUUUAAUGAAUGGAUUUAAGCAAAUUCUUUUGGAGAUCUCAUGAUAUUGCCACUUGAAUGCUAUGUAGAUUGCUGUGGAUAAGUGAUUAUUUGAAGUGUGAUACUCAUACUUUUUCAGUAAUCAUUAGUUUGACUA